AAACAGUCAUCAACAUAAAACAUAAGCGAAAAAAGGUAGAAACGGAGGAAGCAGACAUUCUGGCUUUCUUCACAGCUGAAGAUGGAUUAAGUUUUAGGAAAAACCCAUCCUCUGUGAGGCUAGAUUGUUUCUUCGCGUAGAAUUGAUUAGAAAGUUUGUCGUUGUGAUCCAUUUGAAAAACAUUACCGGUGUUAUGAAGUGGUGAGCGGAAGUGAUUUCCUGGCGGAGAUUUUUGCCUACGUCGGAAAGGUCGUUCUGAAAACGAAAUUCUCACGGAAAGUAAAUCAGUGCAAAAUCUUCUUCCUUCAGCAGGUGUACAUAAAAGAACAUCACAAAGUUUUGAUUGUGGGCAUCUGGGUUUGGAACUACUACACCAAUUAUUAUCAAGUGUUAACUCAAGUGUGAUGGGAUAGUUCCCCGAAUAAGAAGAGAAUCUAAUUUAGGGUAUCGCAGUGACACAAGAAAUAGCAUUGUGUUCCGUUAUGUGAGAAAUGUUUUUGGUUUAUACAAUGGAAAAGCUCCAGCAAGGGAAGUGAAGUGUGUACAUAUGAAUCUAUAGAAGAAGACAACCAUCCGUGCGGAAAUAUAAAAUAUUUAUACGAAGCAUCCCAUUUGCGUAGAACAAUAAUUGAACUUGGAAUAAGGUGCCCAUCGAAAGCACCUUUUUUGAGCUUCUUACGAUCGUAUAUAAGAAGCACCAGUAAAGAUGGAUUUACGAAAGGAACACAUCUCUCUGCUGUUGCCUAUUGGGGAGUCUGUCGGUGGAACUGGGUCGAGAAAAAGUCUGAGAAGGCAUUGGAAUCAGUUGUCACGUUUUCAAAAAAACCUAAUCUGGAUCGUAUUGAUAGCCGUCUGCAUUUUCGUGUUCUUCCUAAUCCCAUACGAUGAUGCCGCUAGUCGGGAAUCCCGAAUAUCCGAAGAAAUGGAGCAUAUCCAAAUUGCUCCCUUCAAAGAUCGGCACGAACAUCUAGGCUCAUUGCAUCUAGCAGCAGCUGAUACAGCACUUCACGAUAAAGGAAUUCCCGGUCGUAGCUUCCGUUCGACGGAUGGCAGCUUGGUUAAGGAAGUCAGCUUGGUUGGGUCGCAAAAUAUUAAAAACGAAAUGCGUAGCCGUGGGGAAGAAAGUAAAAAUAUAAUCGAUGAGCCUCCAGCAAUGGAUAGCGGCAGUAGAACGAAUAAUGAUGAUAACCGACAACAUUUGGUGGAGCAGAAAUUAGACGAACCGGAGAUUAAUGCUGGAGGUGAGAUGGCUAAUGACGAAGGAGUCACGUUACAAGUGAUUCAAAACGAACUUAAGGAAAUCGUUGAUAAUGAAGAGAAUGUGCUCGAGGAGAACCGGCGAAGUGACAAUGCCAAAGAUUUCAAGGGACCGACAAAUGUAAGACAGCGAGCUGUGAUUGAAGCAUUCUUACAUUCGUGGCGAGGUUACAAGGAGUUUGCUUGGGGACAUGACAAUCUGAAACCCAUUUCGAUGAGCUAUUCCGACUGGUUCGGACUAGGUUUGACCAUCGUAGACAGUUUGGACACAUUGUACAUCAUGGAUCUACAAGAAGAAUACGAUGAGGCUCGAAACUGGGUCGACCAGUAUUUGCGAUUCGAUGUGAAUCGAGAUGUAAACCUUUUCGAGGUGACCAUCAGAGUGCUGGGGGGGUUAUUGAGCACUUACCAUCUGAGUGGAGAUAAAAUGUACUUAGACAAGGCGCUGGAUUUGGGACAACGCCUAUUACCAUGUUUCGAUUCGCCAUCGGGUAUACCGUAUUCGGAUGUCAACAUCGAGACAAUGAAGGCGCAUCCACCGAAAUGGUCUCCAGACAGCUCCACUAGUGAAGUAACAACGUUGCAAUUGGAAUUCAGAGAUUUAUCUCGAAGUACGAACGAUCCUGCUUUUGAAACGGUAAGCUACAAAUAUCAUAACUGAGAAAAUCAUUAUCCUAUACCUCCUACACUGAUAGGCAAAAUAAAGUGCCCACUUUACCAGUUUUCG